CUACUGUUGCCAGACCCUCGCGGCUCGCACAUCGACCUCCAUCAUAUUUCCUGACAAACGAGAUAAAGAUUGAUAGUAAUUAUUUUUAUUAGAUAUAUUGAUAUGACUAAGAAAACACUCUUUUUCGUUGCUUUUGUACAGUUAUAUAUGAAAUUUUUUAACAGUUAAUAUAGAAAUUUAGUUAGUGGUGUUGGUAUCAGGUACUCGUCCGUUCGCAGAACAUUUUGUAAACAAACUCGACAAUGGAUAUGACACAAGAUCAAGAUCGACGUGUGAAAACACUGCGGCGUGAGCUGGAAGGCUGGCGCGAGGUGCUGUGUGCUGUGCAUUCAGUGCUUGUCUGGGAGAAACACUUUUAUCCAUUCAUAUCCAUUUCAGCCGUCACAACACUCUUUCUGACAAUAUGGUAUAUAGAACCAUCAAUGCUGACAUUACUCUCUGUGCUGGGUAUUACAGUGACACUUUGCGACUAUUUGGUGCCACAGAUUGUGCCUUGGAUAGUAGGGGCACAUUACUGGACUGGGGCCCAUGAGCGUCGCUAUGAGCAGAUCAUCACAUCUGUGGCUUGUCUUUGUGGCUCGGCUUCUUACAUCUCAAACACUCUCACAAGCAUGAAGGAAUCAAAACCCAGGACUUACUUUGUGAUGGUGACAGGGAGUUUGCUGGUGUGUGCCUGGGUAGGUAACACCAUCAACAACUUGCUCCUAACAUAUCUCAUUGUGGUGGUAAUUGUGUUGAUCCCAGGCAUGAGGCCUCAUGGAAUCCUGCAGAAAUACUUCUCUGCUGCACUGAAGACAAUUGCUGGCCUUUUGAAGAGUUCAGUUUCAGCUGUGCAGGGAGGAGGGGGUGGAGGAGGCUCAGCCAAUGGAGAUGCUUCCAAGAAAAAGGAAUGAGGUUUAAGGUGAAGCAAAGAUCAUGAUGAAAUUUUAAUUUUUUUGCAAAGAUAUAUAAUACUAAAGGUGUAUCAGAACAGUAAUAGAUGUCAGCAAAGUUUAUUAAAGAAAAGCACAUUAAAAAAAAUCUUAGUUAAAUUAAAUGUAAAAAACCAGAGAAUAUAUACUAUAGUAUUAUGCAAAACACACAUACUGUACAGAGUUUACCAACCAGAAUAUUAGAAAGUAGAAAGUUAACAAGUUGGGGACAAAAUUAUUAGGAUAUAUAUUUUUUUUUUAACUAACAUCAAUUAAUCAGUUACUCUCUCCUUGAAUGUUUAUCUUGAGACCAUGAAUAUGUGUUAAUUAUUUUAAUUAUUACGAGACAGCAAAGUCAACCUCGUUUAGUUAAGUAUUUUUUCUUGGUCUGUUGUUGUAGGUGUUUCUUCCUUUAGCAGGUCCAAGUUCUUAUUAUCAUCGCCCAUUACACAAAAAUUAAUGCAGUUCUUCAGAUUGUGUAACUUUCAAGUACAGUUAUUGUAAAGCCAAGGUAGGCAUCAAUUAAACUCCUGUAUGACUUCAUCGAAUGCUUCAGUGUAAAUUAUUAAUCACAAUAUUUCAGGUUUCCACAGUAAAGUUUAUUUUCUGUGUUUGUGUUUAAAAUGUUUUCUUACAGGAACAGAAUACUGUACUGUAGUUCUGAAAUGUUUUCUAAAAUUGUGUUCACAUAUUGUAUUGAUUUUAUCUCAGUAAGUUAUAUGUUUUAGUUCUUUCAUUAAUUUAAGAUUACCUCAUAAUGAGGACUCACAAAAUACAUUACCAAAAUGCCCUCAUGUCUUGAUGGUCAUUUAUUCGUUCUAGGGUUAAAAUUGAGCAUAAAUUGUUGAUAUUAACAGACACAUGUGAGUUGCAAUCAAAAUAAUAUUUCCUGUGUGACAUCAGUAUUAAGAAAACGUCAAAUGAGUACUUUUGCAGUUGCUUUGUUGAUACAGUGGUGGUGAUGGUGUCAGAUAUCUUUCACCAAAUAAGUUGCCAUUGUCAUUACUCAACUGCCAGUAUAGUGCUUUUGUAAUUGAGUUUUGUGUCCAAGCAAUUUGGUUGCCUCUCCCACAAUUCAUGCUCAAGUACUCCUGCACUGUUUUCAAUUGUCCAUAAGACUUGGAACUCUCAAAUUGCAGCUUCUGUUUGUGUCCUACAUUAUAGUUUAGCUUUGCUGUCAGAUGGCUUUAAGAGUUAAUUAUGUUAUGCAUCUUGAUGUACAUUUUGUUUUGUUACCAUUAUUCCUGAAAGCAAAUGAUAUAUAUAUUCCUAAGAGUAUUUAUUUUUAUCAAAGCAAGAUAUUUCAGGUGGUAGCUCCCAUAAGAGUCACUAGUUUCCCUCUCAGUAGAGUGGCAGUCUUUUGAGGAUGGAUGACAGGGCAUAGGUUGGGACUAGAAGUUAUGUGUACAAGUAAGUAAAUCUUUGGAAUGUAUGGUUUUAUGAAUAUCUGAUUUUUUAAUGGUCAUGAAGAGAAUAUAUACAGUACUAAGAAAAUCACUAAAGAAGGUAAUUAUACACUAAUGCUGAGGAGGUGUUGUCUGAGCUUUUGUCUUGUACAAUUACACUUUUUGAACAUUUGUCAACAACAAGAAUUCUUUUGAUAUAUUUUCUGACUUCAAGAUGCCUUCAAGCUCUUAUUGACAAAUGACUAGUGAUAUCUGAAGGUGUACAGUCGGCAAAACUGUUCAUGGGAUAUUCUCAUUGAAGGUGUUCAAAAUGGUUAAGAACAUGUCAUACAGAAUAUUAAUUACAAUGCGGGGAAACGUUAAACGACAAUUAAUUUACUGACUUUAGGUUGGCCAUGAAUCUUACCUGCAUCACCUCAGUCCCCCUAUGGGAGCUCGGAUCUGCUUUGUAGACCAUGACCAAUGAUACCUGAAUUAACCGCAGCCUACUUGUGUAGUUAUACUUUUGAAUGGUGUACACAGGGAAGUUGUCUUGUUGUGCAAUCUAAGAUAUCAUGUCCAGUUUUUUUUAGGUUUUGUGUAGGUUUGUUUGUUUCCAGUACAGUUUUAAUUUUCUUAUAAACUCAUACUGUAGACUCUUAUAUUCUCAAGGUUACUUUCAAGGGAGACUUACAUACAAUCAAAUCUACAUACAAUUGAUCAAUUUAACUUGUAGGGAAAAACACGUUGGGCUCUUGGACGGCCAGCUAGGGGAUAUACAAAUUAUUAAUACCCUAACAGACAGACACAUACAUGUUAGAUAAUUAAAUAAUACAGUAAUGAUAUUUUUACGGAGAAGAUUGUACAGUAUUUUGAUAUAUUUCCCUCUAGAAUAUUAACAGUGUGAGAAAGAUGGGAGACUUUUAAGGUCACUUUAAACAGACAACCGACAGUGAAAACAAAAGUGCAUGAUUUCCUCGAGUCCAUCAACACAAGCCAGUUUCUCUGCUUCCACAGGUAAAUUUCUGCUCCUUGUUCUUCUUGUUUCAUUUCUAAUUCAUUAUAGAAAUUCAGUUUGUGUUUAAAAAGACCAAAAGCGUAAUUGUUUCAGCUCGAUUUUCUGUUGUGCUCCCCACUACCCGAGAACUUAGCACAUAAUCAACUCCGCCACUUAUGUAAUUUAGUUUGUUUGUCUGGCUGUGCUUUCUUCUCAUCUAGUGUAUGUUAUUCUUAUUUAAUAUUAUCUUUUUAUAUAGUCAUAUAAGUACUUAUUAUAAUUGGUUUUAUAAAUGCAAAAGGUUUCCUGUCCCAUAUUUCACAUUUGUGGCAUUAUACAGCACUACAGCACUACACUACAUUGGAUAAUUAGGAAUGCUGGUGAGCAGUAAACUACAGUAAUGUUCCCAGCUUUUCAUAUCUGUGGUACUGGGUAAUUGUUCCCUGAAUAUUAUAUGGAAGAAGAAUUGGAAGUCAAUUGCAUUUCUGCAGCUUGCCUGAUUAUACACUGUACUGUUGAUGUAAAGUAACCCCUGGAUCAUUGACUGAUAUUAUUCUUGAAUGAUUGUAAUGAUAUUAAUUCAUAAAGUAGUGACCUCCUAUACAGUAUAUAUGAUAUAUACACGGGUAUAUAUUUUAUGAUAAGAGAAUGUUUCUGAGGUCAACGCUUAAGACAGUUGAUUUUCCUUGUUUGUUUUUUUGUCACAAACUGUUUUUAUGUUCAUAUUCAAAUGUUCCUCAGGUGUGUGUGUGUCUUGGUUAACUUCACUUUACUGUACCUAUCAGUUGCUACUCAAUGAUGCCAGGGAAACUUUCUUAGCUUUGAUUUUGUAAUAAAACAGAAUAUGAGGCACUCAUAUUAAACAUUACCUUUAAAUACUGCCUUCUGCUGCUACACACCAACUUAGCCAACAGUUAGCCUCAGUUGUUUAGGAAGAGCUUUUCAUAGCAUCAGUAUCAACGUCCUGUACUGUACUCCCAAAGAAGGACAGAAGUUGGCUGACCAGCUUGGUGCAUUGAGUCUUGGGUUUCACUCGAGAGCAACUGGGUUUUUGUAAUGAUUUUACAGUAGUUUUUCCCUAUCUUAUUGCGAUAGACUGUACUGUAGUGUAUGUAGAUAUAUACAUGGAAUCCAGCUUUGACAACUUGAGGCCAUUUGGGACCACUUGAAGCCAAGCCUCAUACUGCUUUGUGCUGAAUGAUUACCUUUGUAUAUUCUCUCCAUUGCUGUCAAGUCAUAGCCAAGAUAUACAAUAUGUAGUGAAGAUAUGUACACUAAUUUGUUCUGGUCAACAUUAUUACAUCGACAGACGUAGCAUCGGUGAAGCUGGAAUUGUUGCCGCUCAAUUUGAUAUGAUAUGGAAUUGUAAAGUCCCAGUCAGUUGGUUUGAAGUAUCGGGCAUAAACUUUCAUGCAUGAUAACACACAAAGAUUUAUUUAUCUUUAUUUUUAAGUCUUCAGUAAUUGUUCUUUACCUUUUUCAAUUUUGUACAUAUUUUCUGUCUUGGUCAUGCUUGUGACACAGUAUUUGUGAUUUGGUUUAUUUAUUUUAUUUUAUUUUUAUUUUUUGCAAUUUGGUGUUUGGGAGAAAUUGACACAGUAGACCGAGUAGCUUGUUAGGAUUCUUUAUGAGUAAGACCAAGAGGGUCUUUGUGUGUUUGUUUCUCUCGUCUGUUAAAGUACAGGGAUGAAAUACGUGAAUCUGAAACGUAAUAAUAUUUUUCUUCAGUAUAUCUUCAAAGUGAUAUCACAUUGUGGCAUUGCAGAUGAAUGCACAGGAUUACAUGGAUACAGUAAUUACUGGACCUUUCAUACAGUUACAUGAUGAAACCUCUCACAAAGGGCCCUAAACUAUGAUUGGUAUUAAAUCAAUUCUUGUAUUAAAAUAUAACAAAUAGAAAAUGUACAAUGUUUAGUUGAACCUUUUGUAUCAUCUCAGAUAACCAAGAGGUCUGGAUAUUUAGAAAAAAAAUACAAUUGCAAAUAUUAAAAGAACGGCAAAAUGAGAACAGGUGUUGCUCCCACCCAAGACAACUCACACCCUUAGCCACAUACACAUGGACCCAUUGGCUGUAGCAUCCCACUGACCACUAACACUCCUGCUUCUUGCUAUUUGUUUUCAAAAGUAUUCUGCAUAUCUACCAGCUUUUUCUAAUAUGAUGCCAAUGAGGAAGAGCUUUGUAGUGAAGACUGAAAUAACAAGAGAAGAAAAAGCUUUGGGGAAACAUCUUUAUUAACUCUCACCAACACUUUGUAAAUUAAUUUUCAUGGAAUUUUGAACCAGGAUAAAAGAUGCAGCCAGUCUUAAUGUGUCAUGACGCCUUUAAUGUUUACAGUAAUACAUAAUUUUAUUUCAUCGCAUCAUGCUGCUUUACUAUACAGCUUCAUAUUAUUGUCAGUUAAGUAAGUUUUAUUCAAUAAGGACACUAAAUAAUAAAACAUGGUGGGAAAUAUCAUAAAAGUAAUGUAUUAAAGUGAGGCACAGGUUCAGAUACCAACAUCCUGCUUUAAGACACUGCCUGAAGUACUGUACUGUAAGAUGCUUCAAUAAGCAUUUGAAUUGUAUAUUUCUUCAUCAAUAUUAACUUACAAUAGAUUCUAUGAUUGUCAUGUUUAUUAUUUAUAUUUUGUUACAGGAAGCACCAAAUCAUUGUAUAAUAGUUAUCUAAUCUCCAUCACUUGCCUUAGGAGCUGCCCAACAAAGGUAUGAGGUGAUGCCAAUUAUAAGAAAAACUGGAACAAUUAUACUGUACUGUACCUAUAAUUGCAAGACUAUUUCUGCAAAUGUUAAAUUCAUGAAGGGUAUGAGAAUAACGUACAGUACUCAUAUGUAAACAGAUUGAGAUAAUUUUUGCCAAUAACCCUGCAAAUUUUGCCUUCUUUAUUACUGUAUAUGUAUUAUCACAAGCAUCACUGCAUUGGCUCUUACCUGUAGGCUUAUAUUUAAUAUUGUCAUUCAUUCAUUAUGUCUAUAUCAUGCAGCAGUAAUUUCAGUGUUUGUGUAGUUGUAGUGGCAUGUAGUUUUUAUUGUUAGAAUUUACAGAUACAAACCAAUAUGUGUAUAUCUUAUGGGAGCUAUAGGGGUUAAUGAGGUCAAGCUUACAACAUUUUGUCAAACUCGCCAAAAUUACUUUUUAACAACACUUGUAGGCUUAUCUUGAACAGUAAAAUUUUACACAUAAAUGUAAUGUGCAUCCAUGAUUCAAUUUAUGCAUGAAUAAUGUAUAGGGCAUUGCUCUCUUCAAUCUUGGCUGGGUGAUCCAAUAAUUCUACCUUGUUGUGGAUACCAUGGUAGGUGUCCCUCUUCUGACGCUUCUUACUUUAGAUCGUUGAAGUACUGUUUUGGGUUUACAAUUCUGGCUGAAAGAGAUGACAUGUUGAAAGUCAAAAUAGUUGCCUGCAAUAAAAUGCUUGGAGACUGGGAGACCUCGUCACUACAGAUACAAGUACCUAAGUGACUCCCUUUUGUUUGAAAAUUUAAACAAAUGGUGGUCAUUGGGAUGUGUUUGAUCACGAUGCUCCUUAGCGACUACUCACUGGUAGAGUUUUCUCCAGUUUGCUCCUGAGAUGGUUCACAAACUUUUGAGUCCAGUAUUGGAAGCCAAGUCUGAUAGAAAGUAUGAUUUAAUUUAAUAUCUGGGAUGGUUUGAAUGGUCAAAAUAGACCAUCAUUUAUAUGGGAACCACUUUAAUGACAUACAGUUUAACAAAAUCAAUGGAUGCCUCUUGUUAUCAGGAGCAGAAAGAAGUGGGUUAGGUUCAACAUAUUGCCAGAAGUCUAGACAUUUUCCCUGUGAAUAUUGUUUGUUUUAGGCCUUUAAACACAUUAUCACUGACAGAGUUGGACUUUAUUGAAAGGCAAGGGUUUGUGAUAUGCCAAAGAACAAUUUUUUUAACUACAAGUAUGUUGCUAUGAAUAGUACAGUACAUCAGUAUGAUGUGGUUUACUGUGAAUUUUAAUAGUUUACAAUAGAAUGUUAUCUGUUCACUAAGUAUAUAUUUCUUAAUUCAAGGCUUAAAUUAGUUUGGAUGUGACAUGUUCAUUGAAUGUGUUUUAAAUUAUUUUCACAUUUCUAUGAAAUCUAUGCCAGGUUAGCUAUUGUUUAAUGUUGUUGAUGGACAAUUUGAUCACAAAAUUAUCAUACUACUGUUCAGUACAGAUAGCAUUUUAAAUUUCAUCUUUUUCUGUAAUAAUAAACUGUAUUGUACUGUACUCUGUGUCAUUAAAAUGUAGACAUCGGUUGAUGACUGCUAAGAUUACAGUUUAAUAUCUGCUAGUUUAUAGUACAUACUACUGUACUGUACAAUUUGAUGGUGAUAAAAUUUUUUCAUGCAUUAUUCAUUCACUGUUCAUUAUACUCUUAAGUUGUCUUAGUCUAAAAGUUAAAAAUGGACUCUGCCAAUAAUGACUAAGGUGGUAAAGUUUUUGUAAUUGAAUACAUUCAUAACAGAGAUCAGUUUCUUGGAGUUUGGAACUAUCAAUGUUGAGCGAAUUGUGUCACAGGAAUUUUAUUGGUUUUUAUUCUUAGAGUAUGUUUUUUUAUUUGCAGUAUAGUACUGUAAACCCUUAUUUCUAUGGCCUCCUUGCUCACAGUUGUGCUGUAUAGUAAGCCUGUUUAGGACAUAUAUUUUCAUUAUGUGCUGCCUCUUAAUAUACUGCAGAUUAUUCCAGGAAUAAUGGGUAAAAAAUAUAAUAAAGUACAGUAAAGUUAGUUUAAUUUUUUUAAAUAACGGUAUAAAACUGUAUUAAUACAUCCUCUUUUAUCAUGGGUCUCUGUAACUCUGAGCUGGGUGUUUUGGCUUAACCCCAGUGACUAAUUGGCACUCAUGUUAUUGUGGUGUGUGUGGGGGCAUGGGAUUGCCUCCCUCACCUCCCAAAGCUUUUAUGUUUUGGCCCUUUACAGAACUUUUUAUCAAUUUCACUUCGAGAGGCAAUUAUAAGGAUAGCACAGUGUUAUGGUACUCCUCUAUAACAACAAGGCCUUAUAUAAAACAGUAGAACAUCUGUAGCUCCAGACUAAUUGGGGAGAAAGGGUCUGAAAACUUAAAUUUCCCUUAGAGUCCAGUUUAUCAUAUUGUGUAAGUGAGAUGACAUGAGCCACUUUCAACCAUAGUGUCAUGUGCGAGAUAUUGUAAACCUAUUCCUCGUUCAUGAAGUAUAGGUUAGGUUAAGGUAUUGUAGGCAAGGUUAGGUUUGCUUGAAUAGUACCUGUGCAGUUCACUUGUGGAAACCAAAUUAAACUAAACUGUUUAAUUCGACCUUGUACAGACUGUAAAUUUCUGUAAAUUUUUACUUCACGCUAAAUUUUAGUCAUACAAUAUUGUGUGUUACAUUAUUUAUAACACUAUUUUUUCUUUGCUAUUGAUUCUUUUUCAUUCUCAUUAACAUAUUACUUGGUAUAUAAGAUACAGAAACUGAAUAUUGGAUUGCGAGUACAAAGGAAAAAUUGUGAUACGAAUCAUAAGAAUUUAUUUAUCUGAUAAGAGAAGCAUUCUCAAUUUAUGCUUUUAUAGAAUAAGGAUAUGAAUUGAGAAUGGUGUCCCUGAGGAAAUUGGUAUAGUAUUGUAUAUUAUAAAAGAAAUAUUAGCCUAGUUAAACAAGAAUAAGAAUUUACACUUCUAUGUUAACCCCUUGUAUACCAAAUUGCCACUGCUCAUACUGCUGGUCUUAUAAAAUUCACAAAUAUUUCAUCAUUAAUUUUGUUGAGAAGAGAGAAACUGGUUUCUAGUGAGUAAGACUUCAUUAAUGAUGUGUAGUGUCACUGUGGAUAGUUAAUAUUUUCACGGCUGGGAUAGUAAGACGGGUGCAGGUUAAGUGAAUGGUGAUCGGAGGAUGGAAGUGGAUCGGCUACUCUAGUGGGGUAACUUAUAAGAGGUGUGUGUGUGUGUGAAGGGAAGGUAGUGAAUGUAAACAAACGUAAAGUAAUGGAAAUACUGUGCAUAGAGAAGGGAGACAAAUAAUUGUUAGCAUGACUGGAGGGAAUAAAGUACUGUGUCUAGAUGUCUGGGAGAAGAUGUGUUUGUAAUAGUAUAACAAGUGAUGAGUUUAACCACUGAGUAGCCAGAGGAAAGAAAGUAAUUGGUGGAUUAAUAAAUGUAUAGAGAGGGGGAACUGUGUCAAGAGUGGCAUAGGUGGGGAUGUAGAGGGGACUUAUUGAGAUGAUAUCACAUGGGAGCAAAUUACAAACAAAAGAAAUGACAUAAUUAAGAACAAGAAAUAGAGAUAUGAGGAAGUGAAUAAAGUGCUACUGGAUGUGAAGGAUUGGUAAAAAGUGUACAGUACAAGUAAGAGGGGUGGGGUGAAGGAUGAGCUAGAGGGAAGACAUCGAGGAACCAGCAGUGAGCGUGGUGUUGAGUGAUUCUGGGGGAAGGGUAUUUUGUUGAUGGGUGCUGCUGGUUUGUGUGAUGCAAGAGUGUUAAACCAUAUCUAGGGCCUUAUUAUGGAAUAGAAGGACCAUCAUGAAAUAUUCCUUGAUAUUCAGUUCAUUAGAUCAAUAUGUGUUUAUGUUGGCGAGAGCUUCAUACGUUUAAUUAAAAUUUCAUGCUGUGGUGUUAAGCUUUAAGCGGACCAAGACUUAAAAGAGCAAUGUAAUUUAAGACCAGCAAGAAUUUAUGUGUUUAUGAGCACAUGAGAUCACUUACUGAUAUUAUAUAAAUGAUGUUGUACUGCAGCAUUACCUGAUAGUGGUCAGCAAAAUGAGUCUUCCAUUAACAAACUGACAAGUCUUGAGCUCAACAAAAAUAUGAUGACAUAUUUUUAUUUCUUAACAUAUGAAAGAAUUUGAUGCUUUGAGGUUUUAAAAUCCAUUGUACAGUAGUGUGGUAGCAAUAUUUUGGUGGCCAAGGGGUUAAAGAGAAUAUAAAAUACUGUCUUUGAUGUUGCAGAAAACUGAGAAUAUAGAAGAGUUUGUUAUGGAAGUCUAGUAGGAGUGGAGUAAAUGUAUUAGAGAUAUAUUUAACUUUAUUAAUACAUAAUUUACUUUAGUGCAUAGUGAAUUAUUUCUUUUGUGUUUAUUUUCACAUCUUUAACAGAGGCACUUAAGUCUUUUUGUGUGUUGGCCGUGUUCGUUUAUGUCGCCGUAUUGUAUUGGUGUUUUGUGUGGGCACCUGUUGACAUGUUUGGUAUUGGUGCCUAAAACAGUAGCAGUCAUGUCUGUAUCCUUGUUAAUUAUAUAAAAAACUGACCGGUAUAAAUUUCUUUGACGAAAUUAGUUGGGAUUGGCUGUGGAUAUUCUUAAGAGAUGUGAGGCAACUAGAGAAAGAUCUUGAUGCACUGAUGUUCAUAUCAUCCGACCUAACACUUCAAAAGCUCCACACAGUGACUUUACAUUUUCUCAGCUACUCUGGCAUAUCUUGUUUACUUUAGGAUCACAUGAAGAUCAGGCACCCCAGCUUAUUUCACCUGAUGAUUAAAUAACCUUAUGCUACCUGAGUUGUGUUGUUUGGUUAGUGUAAAGGUGUUUAAUUAUCGUGUGAAUUAAUCUGAAGUGUCUAAUGCUCAUGUGAUUUAAUAACUUUUUUUUGCACUUCACUGUUUAAACAUUCAACAUUUUCUUUACAUAAUAUUUUAUUGUAUCUUGAACUUUUCUGUAAAUUAUGUUUGCUCAUCCAAACACUGCAAGUCAUGUGCCAAUGCCAGUUGUUAUAAACACCUUGUAUUUGGUGUUUACAUUACCAAGACAGUUUUUUUUCCAUUGAGUUAUAUGAGGAAAACUAGAGAAUCCUUUAUAUAACACAUGUACAUUAUGAUUUAUGUUUUAGAAUCAGUAAUCAAGGUUAUAAUGAUGCGUUCUUUACUCCAGGUACUUUUCAAAAUACUCAGUAAUUUUGGUUGACUGCCGAUCGGAACCAAAUUAUGUGGAAUUAUAUGCAUUGGGAGGACGUUUUGGUUCUUUGUCUUAUGAGAGCUACUCUUCCUUGUUCCAUAUUGUCUAUUUUCAAAAGAUACCAAUAUACUUUGCUGAUCACAAAUUGUUAAAAAUCUCAAGCUCAGUUUCAUGUCUCCACACACACACUCCUGGAUAUAUUCAUGGAGUUUAAAAUCUGUUGGUUUAAUUACUAGAAUAACCUAAGUAGCUGUUAAAUAAUGCCAAAAUAUGCCUGGUCAUAAGGAAUCCAAUCCUGGUUGGACUUUGUUAACCAACAUUUUUUACAUUUAUCUCAACUGAACAUAUUAGAACAGCCAUUAUGUAUGUUCUUGUUCUAACAAUAAUUAAAGGAAAUAUAAAAUUUUAGUCCACCCACUGUCAAGGAACAAGAUCACAUUAUCUUCAUGAACUAUUUUAAUAUGCUACUCAAAUGCGUAACUUUGGGACUUUCGUGAUUACAGCAGGUGCUUGAAUUUAUCUUUUCCAUUUAAAUCAUGAAGAACAUUGUGGUUGAAUAAUUAGCAUACAGUAGUGUACUUUUUCUGUCGGGAAAUUUUUUUGGGGGGAGUUAUUGAGAGUCUGUAUUUAUUGUAAGGUAAUCAGUAGUAGUGUUAGGGAAAUAAAGAAUUGAAGAGAAGGUAUUUGCACAUGUUAUAGAAAUAUAUAUUUCAUCAGUGUUAAAGGAUCUUUGCAACAUUUAGCAUCAAGCAUAGUUAUUCUGUAUUUAAUUAUUAUAAUAUUAGGCUCUUUGAAGUUUCAGUCAUGUGUCAGGUUUGAAGUACCAGUAGUUGUAAUGUAGAAUGAACAUAUAAGUUGAGAAUCUCAUUAUAGUACUGUUAGUUAUGUUCAUAGCAUUGGUGUGACACAUGUUAGAUAUAAAAUUAUGAUUAUGAAAAGUACAGAAGGGAUUUUGUUUUCUGCAUAAAAUAUAGUUAUUGUUGCUAAAUACAAUACCUAGAACACUUGCUCGGCCGUGUGUGUCCAGUGAUGACGUGUAGAAACAUUGGCUUAGGCUGAACAUGACACGUAAUCUACAGUGGAUUCUUCCCUACAGUGGUGGCUAAUUUUCAUGGAAUAAUGUAGAGUUGUUUGUAGUAACGUGCCAGUUAUAUACAUAAAUGUGUAUAAACAGUAUUGUACGUAUGUUUUCCUUACAUUUAAAACCAGCCUCAGCUUAGAGUAACAUUGAUACUUACCAAUACCACUGUUGUGCUGAACAAGUUUGAAAGUUAAGCCUUGUAUUGAGUUAGUUUGAACCUGACUACAGUACUACUCUCACAGUAGGCUAUGUUAUCUGACCAGGUAAUUGUAUAUUUGCGGUCUUUAGCUCCUUGUGAUAUUUUAUUUGUUCAUGGUGGAGAAACUACUAUAUAUGGACAGGGCACUGCAAGAGGUAAGGAAGAAUGAAAAAAUAAUCGAAAAGGCAUUAUGUGCUGUCUGGUUUUGAGGUAAGACGUCUUUUACCCCUGCUGCCACCUGUUGACAGACGUAUGGUUAUUGGCCCCAUUAGCUAUGACGUGAUGUAAUGGUCUUUAAGGUAUUGUACCCACAAAAUACUAAGAAUUCAGUGUUUUUGUUGAUGUGUAAUAAUUUUGGAUGCCUUGAAAGUGGAUUAAACAUAUCUAGAAAUGUCCUACAAAAUUCUAUACUUAUGUUUUGUCAAGAUGUGAACCUCUUUGUUGAUGGGGUUUUUAUUGUUACCGGUGGUUUUAAUGUCCCGUACUGCAUUCAGAUAUGUAUAAAUUGAGCAAACAAAUAUUCUUAAGACUUUAGUGGUUGCUUUAGUAUAAGAGUGUAGUUGCUAAUGAAUACUCCAAGUGCAACUUUAAAUUAUGUUUACUAUUUUAUAGACAGUUACUGCUGUUAUGAAGGAAACACGCAUUAAUACCCUCUUGAACUACUUUAUUUUCCCUUUGUAUUUUUUAUUUAUUUUUAUUUAUUUUUUAUAAAAUAACGGAGUUGGUGUCUGUGUUUUCCAUAUGUAACAGCUGCCAGACAUUGAUGUCCAUGAAAUAUUUUUCAUUUUUUGUGUUCGAAAAAGAAUACUUCCUACCUACAAUAUCCUUAGCAAUAUGUACGUGUGAACUUUCUAGCUAAAAGAUAAAGUAAAUUGGUCGUGUAUGAGAAAAAAAUUGAAAAGGUACAUGUUUGUUGAAGGUAUCGUGUAGGUUGGUUUCUUCUCAAUAUCAGACUGGGUGAUGCAAGUUCAUGUAUUCAUCCCAAGUUUUGCUAGUCAUUAUGAGCAAUGAGCUGUCCUCUGUGUUUCAUAUUCAUUAUCUAAAUGUUAUAUAUGUCAAAUAAAUAUGCAUGCCCGAAAAA